AUGAUAGAGUCUUCUUCCUCAGCUGUCUGCAGUUCUUUCAGCAGAAAAGUGUCAAUGAAGCAUCAGAGAGUUCCAGUUAUGAUCCUUCAUAGCAAGGGGACAAUGGCAUCCUGGCCCUUCUCUAGGCUGUGGAGUAUCUCUGAUCCAAUUCUGUUCCAAGUAACCUUGGUUGCUACUCUGUUGGCUACUGUUCUUGGAAGUUGUGGUAUUCCACCCUAUUUAGACUUUGCUUAUCCAAUAAAUGAGUUGAAUGAGACAACGUUUGAAACUGGAACUACUCUGAGAUACAAAUGUCGUCCUGGCUACGGGAUAAGUUCAAAAAGUUACUUUCUUAACUGUAAGGCAACAGGCGAUUGGAAUUACAAAGAGUUUUGUGUCAAAAAACGAUGUGGAAACCCAGGAGAAUUACUUAAUGGGCAAGUGAUAGUUAAGACAGAUUACUCUUUUGGAUCAGAAAUAGAAUUCAGCUGUUCAGAAGGGUAUAUCUUAAUUGGCUCAGCCAACAGUUAUUGUGAGAUACAAGAUAAAGGAGUUGGCUGGAGUGAUCCUCUCCCACAAUGUUUAAUUGCCAAGUGUAAACCUCCUCCAACCAUUAGUAAUGGGAGACACAAUGGUGGAGAUGAAGACUUCUACACAUUUGGCUCUUCUGUCACCUACAGCUGUGACCCUGACUUCUCAAUGUUAGGCAAAGCCUCCAUUUCUUGCAGAGUGCAAAAUAAGACAAUAGGUGUCUGGAGUCCAAGUCCUCCUUCUUGUAAAAAAGUCAUUUGUGUUCAACCAGUAGUUAAAGAUGGAAAAAUAACCUCUGGGUUUGGACCCAUCUAUACUUAUCAACAGUCUAUUGUAUAUGCCUGUAAUGAAGGUUUUCGGCUUGAAGGCAGUAAUUUAAUCCGUUGUGAAGCUGAUAAUAGCUGGAAUCCUCCUCCUCCCACUUGUGAACUCAAUGGUUGUGUUGGCUUACCACACAUCCCUCAUGCCUCGUGGGGAAGAUAUGACUACCAGACACAAACAGAACACCAAGUGUAUGAUAUUGGGACUGUAAAGAGCUACAACUGCCAUUUUGGCUAUAAGCCAGAGGCAGAUGGACCUAGAACUGUGACUUGUCAGAGCAAUUUGAAGUGGAGCCCAUACAUAGCAUGUAAGGAGGUAUGUUGCCCAGUACCAAACCUGAAUAAUGAUGGAAGCAUCACUCUACGGAGAAGACUUAGCAAUAGUACUCACUGUAUCUAUUUCAGUGGAGAUGAGAUUUCAUAUGAAUGUCAUAAUAAAUAUAGGCUUGAUGCUACAUGCACAAAAUAUGGCACUUGGAGUCCUAGAACACCAGAAUGCAGCCCAGAUUGUGAAUCCCCUCCUGUCAUUGCACAUGGACGACAUAAAAUAGUCUCUAAAGGCUUGUGGUAUCAACAUGAGGAAAUUGAAUAUGAAUGUGAUGAAGGGUACAUCCUGGAUGGAGCAAAAAGGCUCUCCUGCACUUCUUCAGGCUGGUCACCUGCAGUCCCUCAGUGUAAAGCAUGGUGUGUGAAACCAGAGAUAGAACAUGGAAGGUUAUCUGUGGAGACGGUUAGAUAUGUUGAACCUGAAAGAAUUACUAUCCAGUGCGAGUCUGGCUAUAGUUUGGUUGGUUCUGAAAAGAUCAGUUGCUCAGAGGACAGAACCUGGCACCCGGAGGUGCCCAAGUGUGAGUGGGAGUAUCCUGAAGGCUGUGAGCAAGUAGUCACAGGCAGGAAACUCUUGCAGUGCCUCCCACAGCCAGAGGAGGUGAAACUGGCCCUGGAAGUGUACAAGCUGUCCCUGGAAAUUGAACUCCUUCAUACAGAAAAACUAAAGAAUUCCUCUGAGGAAGAAUUUCUCUAA